GUCCGGGGCGAGCGGCGACGGCGACGGUGACGGUGAUGGCGACGGUGACAAGAAGAACACCACGUCGACGCCGUCGUGGGAGGAUCUCAUCGCGUCGCAGAUCGACGCCGACCUCGCGCGCGAGCGCGCCGAGCGCGAGGACAUGUACGGAUGGGACCUCCCGAAGGAGCGCGUCGUGCUCGUCGGCGUCGGCGGGCAGCGGAACGACGAGAAGGCGUCGCCGAACGCGUACGGGUUGGACGACUCCUUGUCCGAGCUCGCGCAGCUCGCGGAGACCGCGGGGCUUCAGGUGGUCGGGCGCGUGACGCAGCGCCUGCGCGCGCCGCACCCGGGGACGUACGUCGGGAAGGGGAAGCUGCGGGAGUUGAGGCUCGCGUGCGGGCUGACGGACGACGUCGCGGAGGAGGACGAGGAAGAGGAAGCGCACGACGACGACGACGACGAUUUCGACGAGUUCGAGUUUCAGUGGGAAGACGUCUCCGAGGACGAGGACGAGGACGCGUCCGCGCCGCCGUCCCCGCGGCCCCCGGCGCCGAUACCGGAACAACCGCAUCCGAAACCGAAGCCGCGCGUCGUGGACACCGUCGUCUUCGACGAUGAGCUCACGCCGCGGCAGAACCGAAACCUCGCGAAAAUUCUCGACGACAGAGUCCAAGUCUGCGACCGGACGAUGCUCAUCUUGGACAUCUUCUCGCAGCGCGCGAGGACCGCGGAAGGGCAGCUUCAGGUCGAGAUGGCGCAGCUGGAGUACCAGCUCCCGCGUCUGAGCAAGAUGUGGACGCACUUGGAGAGACAGGCGGGCGGCGGCGCGGGCGGCGGCGGGCAAGUCAAGGGCAUGGGAGAGAAACAGAUCGAGAUCGAUAAGCGCCUGCUGCGCGACCGAAUCGUGAUGCUGAAGCGCAAGCUGGACAAGGUUUCGACGCACAGGGCGGCGUACAGAGACCGCCGAGCGGCGGCGCCGAUCCCGGUCGUCUCCUUGGUGGGGUACACGAACGCGGGGAAGAGCACGGUGUUGAACGCGCUCGUCGGCGCGGGCGUACUCGCGGAGGAUAAGCUCUUCGCGACGCUCGACCCGACGACGCGAAGGCUCUCGCUGCCGAACGGCAAGGACGUCCUCCUGACCGACACCGUGGGGUUCAUUCAGAGGCUGCCCACGGAUUUGAUCGCCGCGUUCCGAGCGACGCUGGAAGAGAUCAAAGACUCGACGCUGCUGCUUCACGUCGUGGACAUCUCGUCGCCGCUCGCGGGCGCGCAAGUCGCCGCCGUGGAGGCGGUGCUGGAAGACCUCGGCGCGUUGGACAUCCCGCGCGUGACCGUGUGGAACAAGGUCGACGCGCUGACGGGGUUCGAAGGAGGGGUUGUUUUGGGUGGGGGUGCCGAUGGGGGUGCCGAUGGGGGUGCCGAUGCCGGCUCGGAGACGACCGCGGAGGCGCGGACGCGGGAGGUUUUAUCCCGCGCCGCGAAAUGCGGCGCCGUCGCCGUGAGCGCCGCGACCGGGUUCGGCGUCGACGCGCUCGUCGACGUCGUGCAGUCCGAGCUCGUGCGCGUGUCGCUCACGCGCGUGGAGGUUCUCGUGCCGUACGAUAAGGGGUCCGUGCUCGGGGAGAUUCGCAGGGCGGGCGUGGUGGAGUCGGAGACGUGGCGGGAGGACGGGACCCGCGUGAUCGCGCACGUGCCCGUGAGCGCGGCGAGGCGGCUCGCGAGUUUGGGGAUGACCGCGGUGGGGGGUGCCGACUUGGGUGCCGACUCGGAUGGUGCCGACGACGUCGUCGCGACGUGGUCCGAGGAGGACGAAGCCGAGCUCGAGAGGUUGCUGAUGGAGGAGGAGGAGGAGGCGAACACGUGACGAUCAGUGGUCACGACGCGACCUAAUAAGACUCUAGCUAGACUAACUAUAACCUAAUGUGCGGCGGCAGCGCGGCGACGCACGGGCUGUCCUUGUACGCCAUCAGCGUCUCGUACCCGCGCACCUCGCCGCCGCCGCCGCCGAGUUCUUCUUC